GUCAGUGAAAGCCCGUGCAAGCUUUCAGCGGUUGCGAUAGUUUUUUUGUUAUUGUUUUAUCUGAAGUGGUUGGAGAGAACCGCGUCACGCGUGGACGGGUAAACGAUACAAACGAUAUAAGUUUUGGACGCGGGUGAUACGCGCUGGCUCCUGCAAGUGACCGACUGGGAUCGAGACCGACCGGUGGUAGAAGUUGUUGACUUUUUUUUAUCGGGAUCGCGCUUGACUACGCGCAUGUGCAGUGCAGUUCUGUGUAACGGUUCCGUACGAAGACACAAUGCACAAAUGCAAAUACUUUUCGGUGUGUUUUUCCUUUGUCAGUGUUUGACUGGCUGGCAAGGCUUUGUUGGUGCAAAUUCGGGAACCCUGUUGUUAUGUGUGUUGUUCCGUCGUCGUUUUGUUGAUGCCUGGAAAAUAACUCAUCCAAUUCGUUUUCAAUUAGCCACGGUACGACUCUGCUGCCGAAUGGUGUGCCUUUGGACCGAGUGAGCUCAACAAUAACAAUACCAGAAAAAGUGCCUUCCAGUGCCCAUGAAUAAUUGUGGAAUUAAUUGGAUAUUGAUGACAACUCAAAAAUAAAAAAAAAUAAAGUGCCUCGCUUCAAGACAAGGGACCUUGAAACAGUUUUAGCGGAAAAGUGACACCUUUGGAAAAAAAAACAUCUAACCUUCGAUUCGAAGGAGCCUGAAACCCCCGUGACAAAGCUCGGCAGACCGUUGAAGACUUCGUACACGGGAACGUGGAGAGAAAUUGGUAAUUCUAUUAGCAAAGUCACAUGCCAACUGACUUGGUCGGUCCCUUUUGAAGUUCAGCUUCAUCACAUACCGGUAAUUAACGUUGGUUUGCGAACCGCCGAAGAUCUGACCGCCGCUGGAGAUUCACCAAUUAGCGCCGAGGGAGAGCACACAUCCGAAGGAAAAAUACGGAUGCGGGUGACUACUAAUUACUCCGCCAACCGCUGCAGCACCAAUAGACGUGAAAAGUGAUGAAGAAAAGCGCAUCCAUUUGAAGUACCACGAACAAGUGCAAUAAUUGAAACCUGAUUAAGUUGAUAUUACCGCAAUUAACCUCCCGCGGAUUCCGUGCGUGAGAGCUUGACGCCGGUUGUCAUAGGCCAAAGUUAAGUGCCAGCUUGAAGGACGCGAGGAUUAGCAUUGCUAGUGUUUGACUAAAUAUAGAAUAGUUUGAUCAGAGUGCGAAUUGCGAUUUCGAGUGCAGUGAAGUGUGCGGUGCGGAAUUGGAAUUUCAAACCUUCGGGUGAAUUUUUGCAUCUUUGGCGAAGGAAAGCGGAGAUCUAGCAGUGUCGAAGUUCAACCACGUAGGAGAAGCCAGUCCCGGGCGGCAGCAGCAAGCGAGUGCAAGCAUCUUUGUGAGUGAAGCGGUGCGCGUAAAACCGGUCCAAAAUUUACAACAUCGCACGGCUUGCCGAUCUAGAUCAGCCCGGUAGUCACCGACCAAUGGGCAUAUCGGAUGAGUGCAAGCUGCUAGGAGUGGAGGACAUACCCCAUGAGGCUCGGCCACCCCAGGGUAGUCCACUGGAGCGAGGCUGCAUCGGCGGAACUGGGAGGUCGAGCACUCCAGGCCAUCUGAUGAACAGCCCCGGUGGAGCAGGCAUGGGAGGCGACCCGAACAGUCCGAUGUCCGACCAGCACAGCGACGACGGGAUCGACGAUUUUCAACCAAAGAGAAAACAGCGCCGCUACCGAACCACGUUCACGAGCUUCCAGCUGGAGGAACUGGAGAAGGCGUUCUCAAGGACUCACUAUCCAGAUGUGUUCACGAGGGAAGAGCUAGCAAUGAAAAUUGGACUGACUGAAGCGCGGAUACAGGUCUGGUUCCAGAAUCGCCGGGCAAAGUGGCGAAAGCAGGAAAAGGUGGGCCCCCAAGGUCAUCCCUACAACCCGUACCUGGCCUCGGGAGGUCAAGUUCCGUCUGCGACGGUCGUUGCUCCAUCUCUGCCGCCCAAUCCGUUCACUCACCUGGGCUUCAACCUGCGGAAACCCUUCGACGCAGCCAGUUUGGCUGCGUUCCGCUAUCCCACGCUUGGAGGUGGCCACGUGCUACCGUCGGCCUAUUUCAACCAAUUUCAUAGUUCGUUCAAUUUUAGAACUCCCCCACCGCCACUGCUUCCGCCGGGAGUUGGAGCCCUCUACACCCCGUCGGCCUCGUUUCAGACGCUACUGGCCAACAUAUCCGCCGCCCAGCGAGCACCCCAAGUGAUGCCGUCCAAACCGUCCCCGCCUGGGGGUGUGACUAGUUCCGAUUACCUCACAACAGUGGGGCCACAACCUCCGGCAAACCUUCCGACUCCGGCCUCCCCACCGGUGUCACCCACUUCAGUGCCAGUUGUUUCUCCCCAGCAGGGGGGUGGUUCCGCUCCUGCACCUGGAUCUACGACACCUCCCCAGGAUCGACGCAGCUCGUCGAUAGCCGCCCUACGUCUGAAGGCUCGCGAACACGAACUCCGGCUCGAGAUGCUCCGUCAAAACGGGCACAGUGAUAUCAUUAGCUAAGGGCCGUCCAUCCAGGGGGCUUACUACUACGCUCGUUCUAGGACCAAUACUAUCGGCAUUACAUAAGUUCCGUACUUACCCUCACCGUACUAGAAUAACUUUAAUCCAUACAACCAACACAGAUUCACUAAUAUCUGACCCACUCUCGCGCUGCAUUUAGGAAGAACCGAUAGCCUUAGGAUGAAGGUGCCUUACACGGAUGACACCAGUGUUGCCAAGGUCAGACUGCACGUAUGAUCGAACCUAACUAACUGACGUCUGCGCUUAAUUAAUCGAAACUUCAAUCAUGCGGGACCUGAAGAGAUCCUCCCGCAGGGCUUCUCCUCAACUUUCGCUAAACUGCAUGAGCUAGUGUGUGGUGGCGUGUCUGGCUGUUCCUUUUCCAUGGCCGAUGGCAGUCGUUGUCAUUGACAACUCGUAAAUUUCCACCUGAUUCCAUGUCUUAUUCACACACACACACACACACACACACACACACACACAC